GUUAUUAUUGUAAUUCCUCUUGUGAAAAUGGCGUCGAGUCAGGGAGGUGUGGGAGCUGUACCGGCUCUUUCAAACCAUCACUUAUCCAACGGACCUCACUGGAACCCGGGGAUCAACCAGCAUCAGCAUCAUCUCCACACGACCCGGAGUUUAGACCGCGCUCUGGAGGAUUCCGUGUGCUCAGGAACGUUGAAUCUUAGCGGGAGGAAGCUGAGAGACUACCCUGGAUUGAGCUAUGAUCUUACUGAUACAACACAGGCAGAUCUGUCGAAGAACAGGCUCACAGAGAUCCCUCCAGAGGUGUGUCUGUUCGCCCCCCUUGAGUCUCUCAACCUCUACCACAACUGCAUCAAAUGCAUCCCUGAAGCCAUCAUCAACUUGCAGAUGCUGACCUAUCUAAACAUAAGCCGGAACCUUCUCUCAACAUUGCCAAAAUACCUGUUCAACCUCCCUCUCAAAGUGCUGGUGGUGAGCAACAACAAGCUACUGUCUGUCCCAGAGGAGAUUGGGAAGGCCAAAGAACUGAUGGAACUGGACAUCAGCUGUAAUGAGAUCCAGGUGCUGCCCCCUCAGGUGGGGAGGCUCCGUUCAUUACGGGAACUCAACAUCAGGAGGAACUGUCUUCACAUGCUGCCUGAGGAGCUGGCUGACCUGCCACUCAUCAGACUGGACUUCUCCUGCAAUAAAAUCACAGAGAUCCCUCCUGUCUACAGGAGACUCAGGCAGCUGCAGCACAUCAUCCUCGACAACAACCCUAUGCAGUCCCCACCUGCACAGAUCUGCCUGAAGGGCAAGGUGCACAUCUUUAAGUACCUGAACAUCCAGGCUUGUAGGAUGGAUAAGAAGCCUGACUCUCUGGACCUCCCUUCUCUGGGCAAACGCUGCCUUCCCCAGCCUCUCACAGACAGCAUGGAGGAUUUUUACCCCAGUAAGAACCAUGCUCCCGACUCUGGUAUCGGCAGUGACAACGGGGAUAAAAGACUGUCUGCGACAGAGCCCUCUGACGAUGAUACCAUCAGCCUGCACUCUCAGGUCUCAGAGACGGCCCGCGCCGAUGCCCUCUCUCUCCUCUCCAAGAUGGACUCAGGCAAAGAUCAGGUACCCUUUGACUUCAUCGAGCCCAACGCAGAGGAAGAUGCUGCCCUGUCAGACGGGCAGCAGAGUGGACCCUACAUCUCAUGUAUAAAGGAAUUGGAGAAGGUUCUUAACAAGUCACACCAAAGCAAAGAUAAGGAGAACUGGAAAGAGGAGUCUGGCUCUGAAAAAGAUCAGCUAGUUGAGGAGGAUGAGGAUGAGCUGAAGGAAGUGCUGGACCUGAGGAAGAUCGCUGUCCAGCUCCUGCAGCAGGAGCAACAGAACAGACGACGGUCCUUAAUUUGUAGAGCAGAGAGUCUAAUUCAUCGAAGGAGGGUUGCCGGCCGAGCACACAGGUUCCUCAGUCACUCUGGCAGCUCCAGUAGCAAACAGAGGUCCCCCUGCCAGGCCAUCCGCAGUGCCUCUCUGGAUGAAGGGAGCAGUGGACCGUCAGUGCUGAGUGGGCAGGACCCUGACUUCACAGAUGAUGACACAGCUUUCUCUGAGCCGUCCUCUUCCUGCUCUUUCGAUGGCAGUCUAAAGUCAGAGUCUGACACAGAGCCAAAAUGGCCAGAGGUUCCACCCGUACUCAACCAGAACGAGGAACGCAGGAGGAACAAGUAUCUGAGGAAAGAUCAUCUUAAGUACAAGUGCCAGAGUGCCAGAAGAAACUCCAGUGGGAAUGACGAGUGUGAGGAGGGGAUGCGGAAUGCUGAUUUCAGCAGCACCCUCACAGUGUUUGGUCUGAAGCCAAGAUCAGCAUUCUGUCGAAGCAGCCGUCAAGAGUUGUCAGACCCCAGUUUCACCAUGAGGAGGAAGAUGGAACACCUGAGAGAGGAGAUGGAGCAGAUUGGCGUCCUACGGCAGAACCUGGAGUCCAGACUAAAGGUCUUGCUGCCGGACGAUGUCGGAGCUGCUCUGAUGGAUGGCGUUGUCCUGUGCCAUCUGGCCAAUCACAUUCGUCCUCGGUCAGUGGCCAGCAUCCAUGUACCCUCCCCAGCAGUGCCAAAGCUUAGCAUGGCCAAGUGCCGCAGGAAUGUGGAGAACUUCCUGGAUGCCUGUAAGAAGUUGGGCGUGUCACAGGACAAGCUGUGUUUACCCCACCAUAUCCUAGAGGAGCGUGGGCUGGUGAAGGUGGGUAUGACCGUGCAGGCUCUACUGGAGCUGCCGGCCUCCAAGCCCACCCAGCUGUCUGCUGUCUAACAGCAGCCUGGACACUGCCUCAACCCCCAACCCAGCCCAGUCCAGCCUUCCACAAGCCAGCUCUUCACCCCACAGAGGAGGGGGCUUCCAGCCUGCUCCGCUCAUCACCGGGGACCAGGGACCCCUUAGGGGGCGAGGGCUGGGGGCUGCAGGGAGUCCAUUGCCAGCUGACUGAGCCAAGAGAGGGAGGGGUUAACUAAGAUCCUCCCACCCUUUCUAUAUGAUGUCAGCUGGGACCCGCCUCCCAUCCAUUGGAUUGUUAGCUACUGUCAUGUCCCCCCCAGGGGACCCUACUGUACUGUGUGUGUAGCGUACCAGUGUGGCUGUCUGUGUGACCUGCACAGUGUGGACUUUAUGAGAGCUGGUGAACCCAAAGCCAGAUCAGAGGUCAGACUAAGGAAUGAAUCACAGUGAAGAUGAAGACCUGUCUGUCCCCAUGGUGAUAUUGAUUGGCCCAUGCUCAGACACUUUUGAACCUAGUGGUGCGAACACUGAAUUCACUGGGUUUUCAACACUCAGUAUUGAAGACAUUGGUAGUGAAGUGAUAGCAGAUUUAAAGGCAUGUACUCACUCUUUCACUCAGAGAACUGAACUGCAUGCUGGCCGAACCAGCCACACCACAUCACUCAAGUGGUCCUGACACCCUGGUCCUGACACCUUCUUUUUAGAACAAAUUAGUUUUCAAAGGGGAUAUAUUUGUAAAGAUCAUUGUGUUAUAUCACAAUAUACCUAUGAUAUCCCAGAGGUAAAGCUUGGGACAUCCUAAGUGGUGCUUUACCUCAGAGGAGCCAGCAGUAGCCAAGCACAGGUAUACACACUUCUUACAGUCUGCAUUUGAGAAUAAUUAUUGUACUACCAAUAACAGUGCCAUUUGAGGGAAGAAUGCUAAGCUUACUUUUAAAAGCAUGGUAUCCAUGAUUCCGAUUUUCUACUGCAGCACAUCUGUGGUGAAGGGAGGCUGCUCUGAGGUACUUCAGAUGUGGUAUUAGUAGCUCACCCCUGUACGGUAUACGAGAGAGCCAUCCCACUGCCACUGCCAUCCCACUGCUUUGAUCAUACCACGUGUGCUUAUUUGAAUAGGACUUGUUGAAAGCACAUGGUUAUUUAGUUGGAUAUUGUCCCAUAUACACUUAUAAUGCUGAGAUUGUAUCUUUUGGUCAUUUGGUGUAGUGAAACAGUUCUUUUUUAAUGUUGACAUAUUUAUUCUUUACAUGUAUAACUCGCUCCUCUAGUUGGAUUCACAACUGCAAAACGUAAAGUAAGGAACACAACAGAAAUAAUGAGGAAAUCCCAUAGAUCAUCGUUCAUCACUCCAGUCCUCCAGUUCCCCAACAGUACAUAUUUUUGUUGUAACCCUGGACCAACACACUUGAUUCAACUAAUCAGCAAGCCCUCAAUAAGUUGAAUCAGGUGAUUAGUCUGGACUUACAACAAAAAUAUGUACUGUUUUGGGUACUUGAGGACUGGAGUUGGGAAACACUGCCAUAGAUGGAUCCGGACCACUGAACUAUUUUAAUCAGGAAAAUGAUUUAUCUAUUUAUUUUUUCUAUUUAUAUGCUUUGUUUGUUUGUUUUUCACCCCUGACGACCCCUUAAGUUAUGUGACAGGAGUUUGCAGCUCCAAACUGGGGAUAUUUUCCUGCUUUAAGCUUUGGUGUUUGUUCUUGGCCACAGUUUACAUGUUCAUUGUCUCAAAAAGUCUGAUUCAAUUAACCUCACAUUGCAGGAAAUCUGAACAAUUGUUCCAGAUGCAGUUUCACUUAAAGGAGUUUCAUUUUGUUUCUGUCAGUAAAUGUAGUCUUAGUAUUGCACAUACUUCAAAUAUGCUUUUGUGUGGUACAAGAACAAUGGUAUUUUUGUCUGCAAUGUCUGUUUGAUUGAAUCAGUGUUACUCACUGAUAAAUAUUUAUACUGAACAAAAAUAUAAAAACAACAUGCAACAAUUAGUUACAGUUCAUAUAAGGAAAUCAGUCAAUUUAAAUAAAUUCAUUAGGCCCUAAUCUAUGGAUUCCACGUGACGUGGAAUA